AUGAACAAUUCUUCAGCUGACCGCCCUAUUGAUAUAUUUGCAAUAGGAUUUGAAGAAAUUGUUGAUCUUAAUGCCAGUAACAUAGUCGCUGCAAGUUCAGAAAAUGCAAAAGCAUGGGCUGAAGAACUACAAAAAGUCUUGUCCAGAGACUCACAAUAUGUUUUAGUAACAUACAUGCAGUUAGUUGGGGUUUGCCUGUAUUUAUUUAUUCGACCUGAACAUGCUCCUCAUAUAAGAGACGUUGCUGUGGACUCUGUGAAGACAGGAUUGGGUGGUGCUACAGGGAAUAAAGGAGCUUGUGCAAUUCGUUGUGUGUUCUACAGCACAUCACUGUGUUUUGUUUGUGCACACUUUGCUGCAGGACAGUCACAGGUCACUGACAGGAAUGCUGAUUAUGCAGAAAUCACCAGAAAAAUUAAUUUUCCAAUGAGCCGAAUGCUUAAUUCACAUGAUUAUGUUUUCUGGUGUGGAGACUUCAACUAUCGUGUGGACAUGGAUAAAGAUGAAAUGAAGGAAUUGAUUAAGAAGAAAGAAUAUGAUAAAAUUCUACAGUAUGAUCAACUUAGGAAUCAACAAGAUCAAGGUCUUGUAUUCAAAAAUUUUAUUGAAGGAAACAUUAAUUUCCCUCCAACAUACAAGUAUGAUCUAUUCUCAGAUGACUAUGACACAAGUGAAAAAUGCAGAGCACCUGCAUGGACAGAUAGGGUACUGUGGAAGCGGCGGAAGCAGAUACCUGACAUGGACUUACCAAGUGAUUGGAAUCCAGGGAGGCUUGUGCAUUAUGGACGUGCUGAGCUGAAACAAAGUGACCAUAGACCAGUUAUUGCAGUAAUCGACAUUGAUGUGGGCCACGUAGAUGAAGAGCGCCGAAGCCAAAUAUUCAUGGAAGUUAUUCAGGAUAUUGGGCCUCCAGAUGCAACAGUGGUAAUUCAGGCAGUUGAUUCUGAAGCUACAGGAGAAGAUCUCUUUGAUGAUAAUUUCAUGAUGGCACUUCUACAAGAACUGAGUCAAAUUGGAGAAGUAAUUCUUGUCAGAUUUGUUGAAGACACAAUGUGGGUCACAUUUCAUGAUGGGCAAUGUGCUCUGGUGGCAGCCAGCAAGUCUCACACACAGAUUUGUGGUCAUGCAUUGAAUAUUUCCUUAAAAACUCCAAAUUGGCAAGAUCAGGCCCUGAAGGAAAUAGAGCUCUGCAGCAAUAACACAAUACCUUUAUGCGAUCACAUCGAACCUUUACCUGAGCUAUCAAGUGAUGUAUCAUCCACAACUGAUCAAGAGUGUACAGACAAAGCAGAUUAUGUGUAUAGUGUGGACAGAUCAUACAGUCCAAGUCCUGGUGAAGAGUCUGAUGCGCUGCUAAAGGCACCUCCCCGACCAGCCCCUCCUGGUGGACCACCUCUGCCGAGUGUGUCACCUGGAGCAUCACCAUAUCAACACAGAAAACAAGUUCCUAAGGCUCCUCAUCUUAAUCCUUCCACCAAGCAGUUUGAUGUAUUAAAAGUUGAUAUAGAAUACAGAAUAAAUAAUGACAUUGCAGCCAAACACAUAGUAAGGCGUGAAAUACAAAAAUGGCUCAAGUGUAACACUACUACAACUCAAUCUAGUGACUACAGCACACUGAAUAACCUAAAGAAGAAAAUCACGCAAAACAAAACAAUUAUUACAAGUACAAAUAAAAGUAAUACCUUGGUCCUCCUGGACAAAAGCAGGGUGAUCAGUGUUCCUUCAAAACCCUUACCUGUGCAACAGAAAAUUCCUACCACCCCUCCAGAGACAGUCUACAACCAACAGGAAGACAGCAAUGCAAUAUAUGAGGAGAUUCAGGAUGACUACUGCCCAGCAAGACCAAGUGGGCCCCCUCCACCUCCACCACGAUUAGACUCAUCAGGUAGUAAUGCACAAGAGAUGGAGCCACCACCUCUGCCACAGCGGCAGCUACCACCGCCACCUAUCCCUGACAGAGCGCAACCACCACCAGUACCAGCAAGAGCUGGUGUUCCUCCUCCAAUUCCUGCAAGGGUAGGAACUGCCAACUCCACUCCACCUGUCACCCCACGUCGAACCAUUUCAUGAAAAAGCUACUACUACUGCUACUACUUUCUUGUAAGAGAAAUUAUUCGUGUUUAUGGUACCUGGAAUUGUGCAGUUUGCACAUGAGCUUUGGAGUAUGCUGUUUAGCAGAAAAAUUGUACCAAUUAUCAGAUGUAUUUCUUUUAGAGUUACAAAAGUGUCACUGAGCUGAGACAUUACUUUAUGCUAUAAAGAAAUGGCCUGCAGCACAGUUUCCUAGAACCAUUGUGAGGCUGAAUGCAUAUGAAGAAUUUAUUAUCAUAAGUAGCCUACUAUUUAUGUGCGGAAAGUUUAUGAACACAAUGAAGCGUUAAUUUUUAAAAAUACUUAGAAAUCGAGCAAAAAUGUAUGUACUCUGUGCGUAAUAUAUUUAUGAAUAGUUGUUUGUAGUAACUGAGUAACUAUUUAUUACUGAAAAUCUGAUAGUUAUGUACUGUUGGUAAUUUCAUGUUCCACGAACAAUAUAUUGUAAUGUGUUGAUGUAGUUUGUACAGUGAAAUAUUAAUUUAUCAGAGUCUAGUUCGUAAUGUAUUUGUACUAUCAUGACAGAAAACCUUAGACAGUAUUCACAGUAUUUUUCAUUUUUAAAAGACAUUUUCCUAUUUUAAGGAAAUUGUUUUUUGGUGGAUAAAUGACAAUAUCUCAAUGUCAAUAUGCAAAUUUCAGUGACCUUAAAAAGUUGGCACCAUUUCUUUGCAGAAAUAUAAGACUGAAGUUGGUCUCCUUUGCCAUUCAAACAUUCCACUUAUUUUUAGAUAAAAAUGUUCCUUUUUUUUCUUUAUUGUUUGUUUCGUUUUUUACUUCAUUUACUCCCAGUAAUGUGUUUUUUUUAUGAAGAAAAUACUCAUUGUGUUUCUUUUCUAGUUAUAGCUUUACUUGAUAGUUAAAUUACACAGAUUGUGCCAGUGAACUGUGAUCCUUAAAAUGUUAUAAAUAGAGGUUUUAUAUGUUAGGCAUAUUUCAAAGCAUUUGAACAGAUGUGAUCUGUUGCUUUGAGCUUGUUAUUCUUGUUUGUAUACCCUGACGUUUCCUGUCCCUCCCACUCAUAUUUAUUGCAAUAAUGAUGAGAGCUUGAUGACAUGAUUAUGUUUUAGUAACUGUGUUUCAGUAUUAGUAA